AUGGCAACCGAUCAAGAUAAUGGAGAAGCUGCAGCAGCUUCUUCAACCGUUACGACGCCAUCAAGACCGAAAAGACAAGCUGUUAUUCAGCGAAAACCAAUUGUCCUAGGCGAAUACGGCACAGAUUCCGAUGAAUCGGAAGAAUCACGUCGCGAGCGGCGACUUAUGAUUGAGCUUGAUGCUCUCGAGAGCUCCGAUAAGUUCCAGCCUCCGAGUCGAGCUAAAGCUACACCAAAAACCAGAAAACCAAAGGCUAAGGCACCGAAGAAAGCUGCCACGAAAGCUGCCACGAAGGCGUCCCCAAAGGCUUCUACGAAGGCCCCUACGAAGGCCUCUGCCAAAGCACCUAAAAAAGUCUCUAUAGGGGCCUCUAGAGCAUCCGACUCAGAAGAAGGAGAUGCGCCAGAGGAGGUUUAUGGCGAGGAUCCCGAUGAAAUGUCACUGGAUGAAGCGGACCCGGAUGAAGAUGGAGCAUCUGAUGAUGGAGAAGAUGAAGGGAUAGGCCCUAUGACUCCUACGAAGAAAGGUCGAAUUACCAAGCUGAAAAAGCUAAAGGGCAUGAAUACACCUGUUGCUCUCCACCGACGAAUGAUUCGACGAAUGAAGGAUAUCUCGUACUGGGGUGAUCAUGAAGUUGAUCCGAUGGCCAUUAGGAGAAAAGAAAUAGCUAGGCCCUUUAUCUACGACAUAUCUGCUCCGGCCCGAGCAAAUGUUGGCAAGGUCCUGGAUUUCGAUCCCGAGAGAGAGGCCCAGGAACUGGCUAAAGGCAUCUAUAUCGAAAGAAUGAUGCCUUUUCAAAAGUCAAUUUUGCUCGAUAGGGUUGCAGAUGCCGAUGAAAUCGCGAAGUAUUAUUGGCAGGUCCCUAAGAAGCCACUAUCGCUGCUGCUAGGCCCCUUCACGAGAUCCGGGCAACAAAAGAAGUUUCAAUUAAAUAUCCACGAAUCAGUCAGCCUAACAGCACCUGACUUAUUCCAUGGUAAAAACGGAUGGGUUAUCAACUGCGGCAACGAAAUACAGUCUUUGGACUGGGCAACUCAGCAAGACGGUCGCGACAAUCAAUUCCUCGCGGUAGGGACAAAAUUCCAGGAAGCUAAGCCGGCAAUCAAGGAAUUACCACCAGGUUUUGCACCCUGCGUAUGUCCUUCUCAGAUUCAAAUCUGGCGUAUCCCGAUCUCGAAACCGAACACCACACCUAAACCCCCUCCGACGCUCGAUCACACCCUCCUCACAGACUGGGGUGCUCCAACGGAGAUCAAAUGGCGUCCAGGAAAUGCCCCUGUGAAAAAGGAAGGUAUCAUCGGCCACUUCAUGGCCCUCUUCGAAGAUGGCCAAGCCCGUCUCAUCGAAGUCAAAGAACACCCCCCAUCAACAUCUCCUUCAACCGCUCCGGUCUACAAACUCACAGAACCCAUGCAAACCCUCUAUCUAAACGAUACUCUCUUUACAGUGUUUACCUGGAUAAACCACCAUACCCUUGCAUUCGGCUGUGCAAAUGGUUCAGUUGCAAUCUAUGAUCUAAACGUAACACUCCCAGGCAAAGAACACCUCCCGAAAUCAUACCACUACAUUGCCGCCAGCUACAUCUGCUCAAUCUCUUCUUUAGCCCCCAGUUUUCCAGACAUGAUUGCCACUUACUCUAUGGAUGGAAGCUUCAACAUGCACGAUAUCCGCGAGCCAGGUAUCUCCAAUACCCUCUCCCACAGAACCAGAACAGUAGCUAUGUCUACACCGAUAGCCUGGUGCGAAAUGGCCCAAUCACUUUGUUACCCGGAAGAUCUCUCGGGAGUUUUAUGCAUGGGAAUCCGCAAAGCCAAAAAAUCCGGCGGAUUCCUCUGCUCUAACAACCCAGGGGAUACAAUAGCCGCAUCAACGGGUUGCGGAACGGGUCUCCAUCCAUUCCUUCUAAACGGUGGUAGGGACGGGAAAGUCAGGAUAGCAAAUCUAGUAAGAAAAUAUUUUUACUCGAAAUGUCAGGCUAUGCAGCAGGUAUGGUUUCAAUUGGAGUACGCGCCUACCACGGGGUUGUUCAGAAUGUUGGAUGGGUUUAAACCGGAGAUGGUGGUUCAUCGGAAUAGAGUUGCAGUUGGCUUGCCGUUCUAUACGUAUCAUACGAAUAUUACAAAAGUCGGGUGGAAUAAUAAUUUGGGAUAUGGAACGUGGGCGGCGGCUGGGACCGGAGGUGGGUUUGUGAGGGUGGAAGACGUGUGUUUGGAUGUUCAUCAAGCUACGCCGGUUAUCGGGCAGAAUAACCCUACGGUUGGAGAGGACGUUGAUAAUGGUAAUGGUAAUGCGGAGUCUGAUAAUGAGAUGGAUAUGGAUUGA